AAGUCGUGGCAAUAGACUCAACCCUGUAAAAAAUAUUUUCUGCUCCAUCUCUUGUUGAAUUUCAGAGAUGGCAUUACUCAUUACAUAGCAAGUAGCAACCUUUUUCCCGGAAUUCGUCUGCUGUUAAGAUAUCGUUCGACCGGUUCGACAUUCUGUUCUGAUUGCAAUCUGUGUUGUAUUACUGUAAUCAAGAUCGUGGCCAGUGCCCCUAGUCGUAUAAAAAGAUAAUAAUUAGUAGUUAUUGUUUUAUGCAUUUGAAGUUAAUAUGAAUGAAGAAACUAAACUUACUCUUCUAUUACGGGUUGCAUUAGCCACUGCGUUUACGUGUGUUGCUGUGAAAUGGAUGGUUGAUCAAUUAGAUCCAACCAGGGAUAAAAAAAACAAAGCAAAACAACAAGCACAAGCACUUAUGACUAAAUUGAGAAUAAAAACCAAUAUACAGCUGACAGAGUAUGAACUUGCAAUUGCAAGUAAUUUGGUUGACCCUGAAAGCAUUCCUGUAUCUUGGAAAGAUGUUGCUGGGCUAGACAGUGUGUUACAGGAACUUCAUGACAAUCUUAUUUUGCCAAUCAAAAGCAAAAAGCAUUUCCCAAGCCAACUCCUUCAACCACCUAAAGGCAUACUCUUGCAUGGGCCACCAGGCUGUGGGAAAACUAUGGUGGCCAAAGCUACCGCUAAAGAAGCAGGAAUGCGAUUCAUAAACCUCGAUGCUUCGACAUUAACUGACAAAUGGUAUGGUGAGAGUCAGAAAUUAGCAACAGCCGUUUUUUCCUUGGCAGUGAAAAUUCAACCUUGCAUCAUAUUUAUCGACGAAAUUGAUUCCCUUCUUCGUUCAAGGGAUACUCAUGAUCAUGAAGCUACGGCUAUGGUGAAGGCUCUUUUCAUGUCUCAUUGGGAUGGCCUAGCAACAGACAGUUCAAAAAGUAGCGUAGUUGUGCUGGGCGCAACCAACCGACCUCAGGACGUGGAUAAAGCAAUUUUGCGUCGAAUGCCAUCAUCUUUCUACAUCGGACUUCCAGGUAUGGAACAACGCCGGCAAGUUGUGCUCACGAUCUUAAAGGAUGAACGUGUGGCAUCAGAUGUUGAUUUGGAAACCCUGGCUAGGCUUACGGAAGGAUUUUCAGGAUCCGAUCUUAGAGAGCUAUGCAGAACUGCUGCUGUCUAUGGAAUGCGCGACAGUUUGAAAAGCACGAAAUCGACAGAUGACACAACAAUGGCCGAAGAAAUCACAAUGGAAAAUUUUUCGCAAGCGCUUGCAAAAAUGCGUGAUUCUAAACUACAUUGUGGAACUUUGCCCUUGUCUCGUAUUGAUUUAGAUUAACCGUCAAAACAAAGUGAUGAAAAUAAAGUUUGACGCUAGUUUACCUGUUAA